GGGUGCUCGGGGUGUAUGCGUUAGAGGCCGACCCAGCGCGAGUGGAGCAGGCCGGCCGUCCCAGCGGCCACGGGGGGAACUGCAGCCGCCCGCCCCCUGGGGCUCCCGCGAGUGCCCCGCACCCAGGCCGCGGGGGGCCGUCCGGUUGGAGGCGGGGAGCCGCCGGGCACCGAAAGAGGGGCCGCUUGUGGGCUGGAACUGCCCUAUCAGGCAGCCUCCGCCGCGCCCCUUCCAAAGAUGGUCACCGGGCCCGGGGGCGUCCCCGCCGCCGCCCGCCGCUAGUCCGCGGGCCAGCGCCGCUUCCCGGAGCCCCGCCGCAGGUAUGGCUUUAAAAGGACAAGAAGAUUAUAUUUACCUUUUCAAGGAUUCAACGCAUCCAGUGGAUUUUUUGGAUGCUUUCAGAACAUUUUAUUUGGAUGGAUUAUUUACUGAUAUUACCCUUCAGUGCCCUUCAGGCAUAAUCUUCCAUUGUCAUCGAGCUGUUUUAGCUGCUUGCAGUAAUUAUUUUAAGGCAAUGUUCACAGCUGACAUGAAAGAAAAAUUUAAAAAUAAAAUAAAAAUCUCUGGCAUACACCAUGAUAUUUUGGAAGGUCUUGUAAAUUAUGCAUACACUUCCCAAAUUGAAAUAACUAAAAGAAAUGUUCAAAGUCUGCUUGAAGCAGCAGAUCUGCUACAGUUCCUUUCAGUAAAGAAAGCUUGUGAGCAGUUUUUGGUAAGGCACCUGGAUAUUGAUAAUUGUAUUGGAAUGCACUCCUUUGCAGAAUUUCACAUGUGUUCAGAACUAGAGAAGGAAUCUCGAAGAAUUAUUUGUUCAAAGUUUAAGGAAGUAUGGCAACAAGAAGAAUUUCUGGAAAUCAGCCUUGAAAAGUUUCUCUUUAUCCUGUCAGGAAAGAAUCUCAGUGUUUGGAAAGAAGAAGCUAUCAUAGAGCCAGUUAUUAAGUGGACUGCUUAUGAUGUAGAAAAUCGAAUUGAAUGCCUAUGUAAUCUACUGAGCUAUAUCAACGUAGAUGUAGAUCCAGUGUAUUUAAAAACAGCUUUAGGCCUUCAAAGAAGCUGCCUAUUAACUGAAAAUAAGAUCCGAUCUCUAAUAUACAAUGCUUUGAAUCCCAUGCAUAAAGAGAUUUCCCAGAGAUCUACAGCCACCAUGUAUAUCAUUGGAGGCUAUUAUUGGCAUCCUUUAUCAGAGGUUCACGUAUGGGAUCCUUUGACAAAUGUUUGGAUUCAGGGAGCGGAAAUACCAGAUUUUACUAGGGAGAGCUAUGGUGUCACAUGUCUGGGACCCAACAUUUAUGUUACCGGGGGUUACAGAACUGAUAACAUAGAAGCUCUUGACACAGUGUGGAUCUAUAAUAGUGAAAAUGAUGAAUGGACAGAAGGUUUGCCAAUGCUCAAUGCCAGGUAUUAUCAUUGUGCAGUCACCUUGAGCGGCUGUGUCUACGCUUUAGGCGGUUACAGAAAAGGAGCUCCAGCAGAAGAGGCCGAGUUCUAUGAUCCAUUAAAGGAGAAAUGGAUUCCUAUUGCAAAUAUGAUUAAAGGCGUGGGAAACGCUACAGCCUGUGUCCUACAUGAAGUCAUCUACGUCAUUGGUGGUCACUGUGGCUACAGAGGAAGCUGCACGUAUGACAAGGUCCAGAGGUACAGUUCAGAUACCAAUGAAUGGAGCCUCAUCACUUCCAGUCCACAUCCAGAAUACGGACUGUGUUCAGUUCCAUUUGAAAAUAAGCUCUAUCUAGUUGGUGGACAAACUACAAUCACGGAAUGCUAUGACCCUGAACAGAACGGAUGGAGAGAGAUAGCACCCAUGGUGGAAAGGAGGAUGGAGUGCGGCGCUGUCGGCAUGAACGGGUGCAUUUACGUCGCUGGGGGGUACUCCUACUCGAAGGGAACAUACCUUCAGAGCAUUGAGAAAUAUGAUCCAGAUCUUAAUAAGUGGGAAAUAGUUGGUAAUCUUCCAAGUGCCAUGCGGUCCCAUGGAUGCGUUUGUGUGUAUAAUGUCUGAUUGAAUUCAUAGAAAUGACCAAGUAGUCACUGCUCUGGAGUAGAACAGGAUUUGGAGUCCGUUACUUGUUAUUGUGGCACAUAAUAGGUAAAUUAUUACUAACUCCCAUUCUAUACCCAAACUCAGUGAUUACUGGUCAAGAAAAAUCUUAUGUGCACUUAACAGUUGAAUCAGUGGUGGUAACACCUAUAAUCUCUGCUUGCCAAAGGUAAAAUGGAAUUUGGACACUUGGUAAAAGGUGAAAACCUUUGUAGUGAACUUUUUCUCUUGGUAGCAUCAAUACUGUACAGGUCAAAAUCAUUCUGUGGAAUGAAAUGUCUCCAAUGACCCUGUAAUGUAAUAGACAGUGUAAUUAAGGUUCUGUUUAGCUAGCAGGGAAUUGUAAAUUUAAGGAAGGAAUCUUUUCUACCUCUACAAAGUCAACAGUUUUAAAAAAGUUCUUUUUCACCUUUAGAAUUACUUUGAAUUUGAAUUUACUUUAAGUAGUUUUUUUUUUCCCUUUGGAAUGUGUAUAAUUUAUUGUUAUCCUUUUUACUAACUACCAGAGAUAGGCAGGGUACUGUGCAAAGAUUAUUACUGUCCAGAGUUUACAAACUAAAUUUAAAAGAAUGGAAAAUCUGGGAAGUUGCAGAUUAAAUAGUUGAAUAUUUGCUGAUGCUAAGAGCUAUUUUUAAUUUUCAACUUUGAUGUAAAUUGUUUGUAUAGGUGUCUUUAGUUUAAGCAUGUUAGAAAAUCCUUCUUAUAAUUAAGUAUAGAAACAUGAAACAUAUCUGCAUA